GCAGGGGCUCCUCGUCUGCCCUGACAGCGCGGUGCUGAAAGCUCUGGCGGCCAAGGAAGGUGUGGAGCUUCCGGAGGAAGAUGACAGCAAGGGACCUGCGGCGCUGACGGAGCUGCGAAGAAGAGAGAUGAUGAUGCAGCAGAUGCACCUGGGGCAACAGCGCCAACGUAUGCAGCAGAUUCAUCAAUGGCAGGCUCAUCCUCACUACACAGCCCCUCCGAUUCUGCCUGAACCAAGAAAGGGCAAGGUCGUGGUGCCUCCUGCGCCUACCCGAUUUUACGACGAGCUCGAGUACCCGGACAAGAAGAAGGCUUCUCGUGGACUGGCCGCUGUUGCCGUGGGAGCGCUCUCUGGCUUCGUUGCUUCCAUCCUCAAGCCCUGUUCGGCCUACUACUUGGUGUGGUCUUUCCUGGCCUGCCACCUUGCGCUCAUCGUCCUUCUGCACGGCUAUGGCUAUGGCCGCGAGUGGGCGCUGCUUCUGCUGUGCGCAGCCUGGGCGUAA